UUUGUUUUUACACGGAGUGUUUACGGUAACGGUCAAAAUAAUGAGUAUUUACCUGGCUGUCUUCAUACUCUUGUCCUAUCUGAUUUGGAUAAAAUGCAUUUUCCAUCGACAUCGGCGAACAUUGUUGAAGUCGUUGAAACGCGUAACGAACAUUUCAUCAUGCACAGAGCCAAACGGCGCUGACGUCACCGCCCUGAUCGUAACUGCGCAUCCGGAUGAUGAAUGUAUGUUCUUCGCGCCAACGAUUAUACGGCUGGUCGAGUUAAAAGCCAGUGUUCAUUUGCUGUGUUUAUCUGAAGGAAACUACUACAAUCAAGGAGCUCAGCGUAAGCAAGAACUUCUCAACAGCUGUGCUGUGUUGGGGAUACCAGCUUCCAGAGUCACCAUAACAGACCACAAAAAACUUCCAGACGAUCCCAAAGCAGAAUGGAGCGUCUCCUUGGUCUCCUCUUUAAUUGUGAAACACAUAAGAGCUCAUUCUUUCAACAUGGUGCUGACCUUCGAUGGAAGAGGAGUGAGCAGCCAUGCCAAUCACAUAGCCAUCUAUAAAGCUGUCAGGCACCUCGCUUCCACUGGGCAGGUACCCAACGACUGCUGUUUGCUCUCCUUGGUGACUGUUGGCCUCCUCAGGAAAUACAUCUCCCUCCUGGAGCUUCCUCUCAGCUGGCUGCUGCCCUCAUGUCUCUGCUGUAUUAUUGGCUCCAAGGGCUACAAGCAAGCCAAAGCUGCCAUGCUUUGUCAUCGCACUCAACUCCUGUGGUUUCGUUACCUGUACGUCGCCUUCUCACGGUACAUGUACGUGAACACGUUCCAAGUGAUCCCACAGGGACCAAAGAACCUGAAGAUUUACUAAAAGUUUGUCUCAUCCAGAAGCACUGAUUGUCUAGCUACCCGAAUACAAUAGUGGAAGUGAAUUUAGUAGCCGUUUACAAAUCUGAUAAGCUGUUUUGCGCACAGUAAAUAAAGACUUCUUUGAUACCUUUUUUGGCUAAAGUUGCCUGAAUAUCUAAAGCACUUUCCAUUAUGAUGAUACAACAAUUUUAAAUAAUACUUGACAAUAUUAGUAACUUCUGAUGUCUUUCUAUUAUAGAGACCUCUUCAUUGUUUUCAGUCAUAACACUGUAUACAGGAAUUUGAAUGUGACCAAGGUUUAUGUUUAUUUUCUCUUGAUUUUAUUAUUGCAAAGAUUGUUGAAAAUACUGUACAAUAUUUCUGAUAUACUGCUGAUUGAAAUAAAAGUUUGAUUCUUA